AUGUCUGCCGAACCCAAGAACGCUUACAACGCGCACGUUGUCGGUGGCGUCGACAAUAGCGAACAUGAGGGCCCGGCUGGUUCAGAUCCGAUCUUCAAGACCCCUCUGUGGGUGACUGUCGUUCGUGGAUUCCAGGCCUUCUUUGGCUUCAUCAUUCUCAUCCUGUCUGGCCUGGUCAUCCAUGGCCUGGCGUUGGACGCCAGUGUCUUUGCUCUCGUUUGUGGUCUCUUCACUCUGAUCAUCGUCGGCUACACCCUCCUCAGUGAGAAGGCCGUCGGCUGCCACAAGGCCUACAACUACUGGGCGCACAUGUCGCUCGACCUCCUCAUGGCCAUCUUCUGGCUCUCGUCCAUGGGCGCCAACGCUGCCCUGCGCGCGUCCUUCACCGUCUCUGUCAACGCCGACUGCUGGAGCGACGGCAGCGCCGUCAACAGCGGCCACUGCAACAUCUACCGCCGAACCCUCGAGAAGCGGGUCGCCGUCGCUACCAAGUUGGGUCUUUCUUGCAUGGCGGCCACUGCCGGUCUCUCGGCGCUGCAGAUGCUCCUUUUCAUCGCCACCCUCGCCUACCUCGCCCACCAGGUCCGCCUGCACCUCCAGGCCAACAAGAAGUCCGGCGCCGCCGACAACGGCCAGGUCGAGAUGAACGCUCAGCAGUCCCAGCCCAUGCUCAACCAGCAAUAUCAGCCUCAGCAGAACACCGAAUACCCCUCUCAGGUCUACCCUCAGCAGGCACAGCAGCCGCAGGCACCAUAUGAUCCCCAUUCUUAUGGCCAGACCCAACAGCAGCAGCAACCCCAGCAGUAUCAGCAGCAGCCCCAGCAGCCGCCCCAGCAGUAUCAGCAGCAGUAUCAGCAGUAUCCGGAGAUGGCUGGCACCCCGGCGCCCGAGCAGCAAUACCAGCAGCAGUACCCCCAAUCUACUGCCACACCUGCGCCUGAGCAGCAGUACCAGUACGGCUAUCCCCAACAGCAGCAGCAACAACACCAGUAUGCACCUGCGUAUGCCAGCCCUACAGCGACGCCAGCGCCUCAACAACCCUAUCACCCGCCUCAGUAA